UGUGUCUAAAAAAUGUUGAUGUAUCUUUACCGAAAGUUGCGUGCGCGAGUUCAAAAUAAUACACACUUGCUCCGGCAGAGGACUCUUUUGUGAAACAGAACUGAAAGUGCCGCCAAAAUGCACGAAUGUUGCUGAAAGUUGUCACCUGCAAUCGUUUGCCAGAAAAAAACAUUGGAUAUUUUUGCAUCGUCAGAAGUCAGAAACUUCGUCGAGAUCGGCCAAUAAAUUGCAAUUUCUGUUGACAUAAGAUCGAAGAUUGAAUUUUACAAUUUUUCUCACAAUUGCAUGUACCACAAAUGGAUCUUGAUGUUACUUGCGAUUGUAGCGGUAAGGUAAACAUCAAUGAUUGGCAGCUGAAUAGAAACAGUCUGUUUUAUCACAAAGAAGUGGAUAAUGUGCUUUUUCCUCAAAUUGACUAUCCUUUUUCACACACAGAAGUCAGGCUCUUUGACUGUGUUAUGCCUGGAGCUGUUGCUAUAAUGAAUCUUAAUCAUUUCAUUGAUUGCUUGCAGAUGCAAUUAAAAAUAUUAAAUAGAAAUGAAAGAGCUUCAGCUACAAUACCUGGAUCAUGUGAUAAUUAUAGCAUAGAUUAUUUUUCUAUAAGAAAAAUGAUUUGUGAAUUUGUUUUAUAUUUUCGUACAUAUACAAACAGCAUAAAGUGGGAUCUUCGUACGUUAGAAAUACUGAUACCUGAAAUUAACAAACAUGUGGAUUGUCUAUUUAAUAUCAUUAAGCAUUUUCUCAGCACUCUAAGAAAUAUCCCGGAUUCAAUUCUAUAUUAUGCUGCUUCUCACAUGGGCAAUAGAUGUAAGCAGCCGGAAUAUCACUUGUAUCAUAUGCACAUAGAGUUAAGAUGGUUUUUUGUCACAUUGGUUCAUUCAAGAACUAUGUGGUAUCAAUACCAAAUGCAUGCAUCGCCGGAAGAUCUCGAAAAUACUGUCGAAAUGAUCGUCAAUGAUCUCGUAUACACUGCUGUAAAAGUAUUUGAAAGAUCUUUAAAUUGGAAAGAUCUCACUCAAAAAACACCAUAUUUCUGCACUUGCACACGAGAAGUGUGGCUUAUGAUUCAGAUAUUUAUUGAUAGUUUGGAAGAAAAGAUGAAAACCAAGAUAUUUUGGGAUUAUGUAAAUAACUGUAUCGAUAAGAUAUUAAGUAAAGAUCAGAAUCAAGCAACCUGCUACACAAAUGUGAACUUUUCUUGCAAAAAUUCCGAACUAUUUUGCAUAUGGCUAAUGUACCACUUGUCUUUGUUGUAUGGAUACAGCAACGAUGGUGUAUAUUUGCAGUCGAAUUCCUCAAGGAUUAAAUCUAAUUACAAAGAGAUAGAAAAGAUUCUUAAAGUAUACGUAUGCAAAGGUGGGAAAGACGGUGAGAGGGAUGAACUUGAUGUUGAACUCAAAAUCAUAAUACCGUUGUUACAUGAUCUUAUCAUUAACUGGUGGGAACCACGCGUAACAACUUUAUCUUUUCUUUGGGAUUGUUUUCACAAGAGAUUGAACCAGCCAUUCUUAUUACAGACAUUCGGUUCUGGGACCUUGUCUCUGGAAAAAAAGACGGCUGAAAAUAUUUUAAAGCAAAUUAACGACAGAAUUUACAAUAAGUUUGAACAUUCAAAAGAAUCCAGCUACGGAAUGUUUUUGUAUCUGAUAGGUACUUUUUUGAAAAAAUAUGGCAAGACAGAUCCGAAGUAUUGGAAUCAAAUUAAAGGGCGUGUAUAUACGAAAUUUUCAAAAAACAAAGUUGCCGAGUUUUCCGAGAGUGGGCUUUACAAUUUUAUGUCGUUAUUUGUUACUUUAGCUAUUACCGCAGAUAUUACAAACGUGUGUACAACAAUGCUGGAUCUCUUGCCAUCUACACAAGAAUUAAACAACGAAUACAAUAAAAAAUGCAGCCUAAUCUGGAAAGGAAAGUUAAUGUGUCUUCUAUUGUUUAAUGAGAAAAGAUUAUCUUUUGUUUCCAUAACAAGUCACUUUAUAGAAACAAUCAAUCUGAUUAGCUGUCGCAAAGACGAAACGUCUCGCGUUAUGAUGACUAAUUUUAUCGAUGUAUUAAAUAUGAUUUUAUCCAGCAAUGAGAAACUGGAUUUGGGUGAAUAUACUUUUAUUGGUGGUUGGAUCGAUCGUUAUCUUUUGGAGUGUCCCAAAAAUAGAAUCGCCUUUUUAUUGAGCAUGCUCGCUAACGUUUUCGAGAAGUGUAUUGUUCUGCAGACUUCUUGUGACAAUUCUGAUGGUGUUAGGAAAAUGUUAGAUGCGCUGUGGUGUUUUGUUGCUUCUAGAGUUCGCCAGCUCGUUUUUGAUCCCGUUUUCACCGAUAAUAAUUACAAAAUUAUUUCUAAACUAGCUGUCAUGUUCACAACAGAAGCAAUUAGAGACCGAGCUAUUGCUAAAAAGUACAAACAUUCUGCUGUGUCUUUGUUUCAACACUUUGCAGCAUCAGUACUUGUAAAAGAUAUUAGAAUCACACAAUAUUAUUUAGCACUGAUUAUUGAGGACAAGCAAGCCACACAAAAAUUGAAGAAGGAAGUUUCGAAUUUCGAUAGUAUUCUCAUUCAAGCCUGGAUAAAAUGUUCCAUUGUUGGUUACGACACAGAUAAAAGAGAAAUCAAGAUUUUGCAAGAUUACAUUAUCCAACUCGACGACAUCAAAGAACUGUUUGUUACAGAUUACGAUCUGCAAGAAUUUAAAAACAGUAAUGAACCCAUUCUAGUAUUCAUCAUAUUGUUCAUGAAGAAACAGAACGCUUUAAGGUCGGAGCAGGAGAAGCUUCAAUACACCGUAAAAUGUAAAACGUAUUUUAAAAAUUUAGAGAAGUGGAUUCUACUACCUAUAACAGAAGAAACAAAAGAUUCGGAACUUGCAUUUUGGAUUUACAGAUGUUUAGGAACGUUGAUUCUUUGCAUUUCUCCGAUGUUGUACAUCAAAGUACGUAAUCUAACAAUGACUUAUGAAAUUCUCAUCUCUUUAGAAAAAUCUUGGGUUUUGCAGAAUCAACCGAACGAUAUGUUAAGGAUGCUCGUCAACAAAACCAUAUUGGUAUCCGAGAACUCCGCACAGUUGCACAUAAAGCACUUGGGAAAAAGAAUAUUCUCGAUGGUGAUACUGGGCUUGGAAAAAUUAAAUAUCAAAGGUGACAUAUUGUUGCAAGCAAUGAUCAGGGAUAUCUUCGAUCAGUAUUUGCCGAUUCUAAUAACCGAGAUCAACAGCGGUUGUAGUUUCAAAGUUUCCGAAACUUUGCUAAAAUGCUUUAUAGAGGCAAAACCUGAAUUUCUGCGUUUAAUUUUGGAAAUGCUGAUGUCAAAUUUUUACAACAUAUCAUCGGAUAAUGUCAUGCACAAACACGCAAACUUGAUAACUUGGCUUCUAAAAACAAUGCUUAAAGAAGGAAGAACGUAUUCCAAACACAUUACGGAAUAUAUUAUUCAAAUUUGUUCGCCGAACAUCUUCGGGUGCUACAUGAAGCUUCACGAUCAUCAUCCACAUAAAUUGUACACAAUUGAUUUUAUCAAUGUUGUAAUCAAAAGUCCUUAUUACGAUGAAGAUAAGCGGAUCAGAGAAAAAUUUCAAACUGUUGUUUUCGCUGCGAUACAAAAAUACUUGACAUCGAAUACUCAAUCUACCUUUGAAUUUAUACGAUCUGUCUUGGCGAUAAAAAAAAGCGUUAUAGUCAACCUGAGUCCGCAAAUUGAAGCUGUUAUAUUCCAAGCUGAGCAAUAUCGUCGGCCGAAUGCGGCUUCUUUACGGUUCACGUGGAAUCAACUGAUAAAAAACAUGCUAAAUAUGGACAAUAAUUCGUGAUAAUAAGAUUAUAAGUAUUACUGAGCGCUAAAUAUAUUUUCUUUCAUAUAUUUUUUUCAAUCUUUAAAAUCAAAUUUUAAACUGAGACAAGCAAUACAUUUACGUUGUGCUUCUUGGCCAAUUCUUGUUGUUGUACCAAAAAGGUUAAUAAUUGACAAUUUAGAUUAUUUGUAUAUUUCUUCAGAUUAAUUAUCGGGCAUUUUUGUCGUCGAAACUUGUAUCAAUGAAUUACUUCAGUUUAUCUGUUUUUACAAACGCGUACAUAAAUCGACUGUAAAAUUUAAUUACUCAUUCAAAAGACACAACAAAAGCUUAAAUAAUCGUCAUGUACUAUUCUCGAAACUUGGCUCUCUAUAAACGUGAAAAAAUGAGGAAAUUAAUUACGUAUGGAUAUACCAACAAUAAUAGCAAUUAUUUAAAUAAUUAGCACUCAUUCACAUCCAUGCCAUAAAAAAAAAAAAAAAA